AUGGAAGUAGUGUCGUCUCUCGGAGUCCGAGACCUACCGUCACUUCCGGCGACGGCGAGCCUCGACCACCGUCCUCAACGUUCCUUUACAAAAAGAGGACCGGCGAAAUUUCCGGCGAGACCCGGCAGAAGUAGGCGGCCUUCUUCGACUCCUCCCGCCAAAAAACCCAAACCUUUCAGGGAGAGAGAUGCUUUCCCUUCUUCUCUCCCGCUCCACUCCAAAAACCCAUACAGUAUCCACAGAGACAUCCAGAAUUUCGCGAGGCAGAACAAACUCGAAGAAGCUCUCACGAUCCUCGACUAUCUCGAACAGAGAGGGAUUCCGGUAAAUGCGACGACUUUCUCCGCCCUUUUAGCCGCCUGCGUUCGCCGGAAAUCGUUAGUUCACGGUAAGCAAGUCCACGUCCACAUCCGCAUCAACGGGUUAGAGAACAACGAGUUUCUCGGGACGAAGCUCGUUCAUAUGUACACCGCGUGUGGUUCGGUGAAAGACGCACAGAAGGUGUUCGACGAAAGUACUAGCUCAAACGUUUACUCUUGGAACGCGUUGCUUAGAGGUACUGUGAUAUCGGGGAAGAGGAAGUAUCAAGAUGUGCUUUCCACGUUUACGGAAAUGAGAGAGCUUGGCGUUGAUUUGAAUGUUUAUAGUCUCUCUAACGUGUUCAAGAGCUUCGCUGGGGCUUCUGCUUUGAGACAGGGGUUGAAGACGCAUGCUCUUGCGAUCAAGAACGGUUUGCUUGAGAGUGUGUUUCUCAAGACUUCUCUUGUUGAUAUGUAUUUCAAAUGUGGCAAGAUUGGGCUUGCGCGGCGAGUCUUUGAUGAGAUUGAAGAGAGGGAUAUAGUUGUUUGGGGAGCGAUGAUUGCUGGAUUGGCUCAUAACAAAAGGCAAUGGGAAGCAUUGGGUUUGUUUAGAGAGAUGAUAAGUCAAGAAGGAAUGUAUCCAAACUCUGUUAUACUUACAACGAUUCUUCCUGUUCUUGGGGAUGUUAAGGCACUGAAACUGGGGAAGGAGGUCCAUGCGCAUGUUCUGAAGGUGAAGAAUUACUUGGAGCAGCCGUUUGUUCACUCUGGUUUGAUUGAUUUUUACUGCAAGUGUGAGGAUAUGGUUUCGGGGAGACGUGUGUUCUAUGGCUCAAAACAGAGGAAUGCUGUUUCUUGGACUGCGUUGAUGUCUGGAUACGCAGCUAACGGAAGACUUGAUCAAGCUUUGAGGUCGAUUGUUUGGAUGCAGCAGGAAGGGUUUAAGCCAGACGUGGUUACGAUUGCGACUGUUCUUCCUGUUUGUGCAGAGCUGAGGGCGAUAAAGCAAGGGAAGGAGAUACAUUGUUAUGCUUUAAAGAAUCUCUUCUUGCCGAAUGUUUCAUUAGUCACUUCCUUGAUGGUGAUGUACUCGAAGUGCGGUGUUUCCGAGUAUCCUGUGAGACUGUUUGAGAGGUUGGAGCAGAGGAAUGUGAAAGCAUGGACCGCUAUGAUUGACUGCUAUGUGGAAACGGGUGAGUUAAGAGGAGGGAUCGAGGUGUUUAGAUCGAUGCUGUUAUCAAAACACAGGCCGGAUUCUGUUACAAUGGGGAGGGUUUUGACUGUUUGCAGUGAGCUCAAAGCGUUAAAGCUGGGGAAGGAGAUACAUGGGCACAUUCUGAAGAAGGAAUUUGAGUCGAUCCCUUUUGUUUCUUCAAAAAUCAUCAAGAUGUAUGGACAAUGCGGAGAUCUCAGAAGUGCUGAUUUCUCUUUUGAUAAUGUUGCUGUUAAGGGCUCUCUGACAUGGACCGCCAUUAUAGAGGCCUAUGGAUGCAAUGGACGCUUAAGGGAGGCAGUGAACUGCUUUGAGGAAAUGAUAGCAAAAGGGUUUACUCCAAACGCCUUCACUUUUACAGCAGUUUUGUCAAUUUGCAGUCAAGCCGGAUUUGUCGAUGAAGCUUGUCGCUUCUUCAACUUGAUGCACCGGGUUUACAAAUUGCAGCCUUCAGAGGAUCACUAUUCAAUGGUUAUUGAGCUUCUUAAUCGGUUUGGUCGUGUUGAAGAGGCGCAAAGACUUGAAAUCAUGAGUUCCACGUCAUCUACACAGACGUGA